AAAAAUCUGAAUUAGUAACGCAUGCGAUUUGGUAUCAUAUCUAAUGCCUCGUUUGUCACUACGCUCCCGUUACCCACCGCCAAAACCAAUGUCCACCCACGACCCCUUCUCGGGUCACAAACUCUGCGGUUACCUCUGCGCGCUUUUCACGGCCACCGAUGGCCCGCGUUUCACCGAGCGCUGCGAGAUUCUCUCCGACGGGGUUGGAUUCCGGUGCCAGAGCGGCGUCGUGUUGUCCCCUCUUGAGACCGGCGACUCCUCCUCCAAUGGGAAGAAGAAGACGAGGAUGGUUGGCACGGUGAAGGGAAGCGUUAGCGUGGUUCAACAGCUUUACGCUCUGGUUCGCCGCCGUAAUUGUGUGCGGAUUGAUGCUCGUGUUGUGUGGGUUGAGAUGCCUAUGGUUGUGGUGAUGAUUGAUGUUUACAUUCCGAUUCAGUUGUGGAGUGGUUGGCAGUUCCCGAAAUUGGGGGCUGUUGCUGGUGCUGUUUUUCAGCAUUUGAGCUGUGAUUGGGAUAAGAGAAGUUCAAUGCUUUCUUAUCCUGACUAUUGUAGGAAGACACAUGGAGCAGAUGAGAGCAUUUGGAGCCUUUCUGAUUGUCAUGUACUUGGUUGCAAGCUCCAUUUCCGUAUGAGUGGUUCUUCAAGGAAAGGGUUAUUUGAACUUCCUGAAAUUUUUAAGACAGUCCCUGGUGCAGGAGAAGAGCAUAAAAUUAUUAAUUCCAAGAUAGUACCUAUGGAUAACACUUGCAGAUCUGGCAUUUGUGAGAUACCUGAUGAUGUUUUAACCAAAAUUCUAGCUUAUCUGGGCCCAGUGGACCUUACUAGGGUUUCUUCAACAUGUCAUCAUCUUAGAUCCUUGGCUGAUUCAAUAGUGCCUUGUACAAAGUUAAAGCUGUAUCCUCAUCAGCAGGCAGCAGUCGAGUGGAUGUUUCAUCGGGAGCGAAAUGCUGAACUCUUGCCACAUCCCUUAUAUGUGUCUCUCUCAACUGAUGAUGGCUUUAGUUUCCAUGUAAAUACUGUAACUGGUGAAAUAGUCACUGGGGAAGCUCCGAGGAUCAGAGAUUUUCGUGGAGGAAUGUUUUGUGAUGAGCCUGGCUUGGGUAAGACUGUAACAGCCCUUUCUCUUAUUAUGAAGACGCAAGGUAAGUGGGCAGACCCACCAAAUGGAGCACACAUAGUCUGGUGUCAACAUAAUGGUAACCAGAAAUGUGGCUACUACGAAACAAAUGCUAAAAGCAUUACUGGUUGUACUAUCUUGGGUAAGAGGGAUGUGUACCAAGAUACCGGUAUAAAUAAUGAGAACCCUAACUAUUCCUCCAAAAAAGCCAGAUUGAUGGAUCCUUUUCAGAAAAGCUCUAAUCUUCAUGAUUCAAGUUCUGGGGAAGAAAUUAAAUCACCUAUUGAUGCAUCUAUGCCUACAAGUCGGUGCACUAGGGGCUUGAGUCUCAUAAAGAAGAAUCUACAUUUCACACAUGGAGAGGAAGCGAUGAUUGUCAAUGAAAGAAAAGUUGGUGAAAGAUCAAAUAAAAUAGAGCAUGCGUCUGAUGAGGCAUCCCAUGCAUCUCAAAACAAACUAGUUGAUACUGCAUCUGAAUGUGAACAGGGUUACAAGUUGCCUAGGAAGCGUAAAGUCAAUUUUUUGGAAUACAAUGAAACAUGGAUUCAGUGUGAUGCUUGUCACAAGUGGCGAAAGCUAUCCGACAAUAGUAUGGCUAAUUCUAAUGCAGCAUGGUUUUGUAGUAUGAACAAUGACCCUUCAUAUCAGAGUUGCAGUGUCCCUGAACAAUAUAUUCAGAAUAAUUGUAAGAUAACUUUCAUGCCAGGAUUUCACUUGAAGGGAACUCCUGGGGGUGAGGCACAUAAUGUUUCAUUUUUCACUAGUGUGCUUAAGGAGCACUCCUCAUUGAUGAAUUUGCAUACAAGGAAGGCCCUGACUUGGUUGGCUAAGAUUUCGACCGACAAGCUUGCUGUAAUGGAAACAAAUGGCAUAAGGGGUCCUAUUUUACACAAUAAUGGAAAUUUUGUUCCAUUCCACAAAAUAUUUAAAGCAUUUGGCCUCGCAAAGAGAGUAGAGCAAGGUGUAUGCAGAUGGUACUACCCACAUAAUCUUAACAAUUUGACUUUUGAUGCGGCUGCCCUUGGCAUGGCUCUCCGUGAGCCAUUGGAUUUUGUUAGGUUUUACUUGUCAAGGGCAACAUUGGUAGUUGUUCCUGCAAAUUUGGUUGACCAUUGGGGAACCCAAAUAGAAAAGCAUGUCAAGCAUGGUCAGUUGCGGGUUUGUGUUUGGACUGAUCAUCGGAAGCCAUCUGCACAUUCUCUUGCUUGGGAUUAUGAUAUUGUCAUCACUACAUUUAGUCGUUUGAGUGCAGAGUGGAGUCCAUGUAAGAGGAGUUCUCUGAUGCAAGUGCAUUGGUUUAGGAUAAUUUUAGAUGAAGGGCAUACUCUUGGCUCAAGCCUGAGCUUAACAAAUAAGCUUCAAAUGGCUAUUUCAUUGACGGCUUCGAAUAGGUGGAUUCUAACAGGAACUCCAACACCUAACACUCCUAACAGCCAACUUCCUCAUCUACAACCAUUGCUAAGGUUCCUCCAUGAAGAAGCUUAUGGACUGAAUCAGAAGUCAUGGGAAGCUGGUGUACUUAGGCCAUUUGAGGCAGAGAUGGAGGAAGGUCGGUCUCGUCUGUUGCAUUUACUUCACAAAUACAUGAUUAGUGCAAGAAAGAUAGAUUUGCUAAGUAUUCCACCAUGCAUCAAGAAAGUUACUUUUCUAGAUUUUAACGAGGAGCAUUCUAGAAGUUAUAAUGAGCUGGUACUCACAGUUCGGCGUAAUAUAUUGAUGGCUGAUUGGAAUGAUCCUUCACAUGUAGAGAGUCUGUUGAAUCCAAAGCAAGGGAAAUUUCGAAGUGCGACUAUAAAAAAUGUCAGGCUUUCAUGCUGUGUUGCGGGACAUAUUAAAGUUACACAUGCAGGAGAAGAUAUUCAAGAAACAAUGGAUAUGUUAGUACAAAGUGGUCUAGAUCCUACUUCAGGAGAGUAUACCUCCAUAAGAUAUAAUCUCGUUUAUGGUGGUCAUUGUGUCAGGUGCAAGGAAUGGUGCCGCCUUCCUCUCAUUACACCAUGUCGACAUCUGUUGUGCCUUGAUUGUGUUUCAACAGACAAUACGAAAUGUACAUAUCCUGGCUGUGGUAACUUAUAUGAGAUGCAGAGUCCUGAUACAAUGGCACGACCAGAAAAUCCAAACCCAAAAUGGCCUGUACCUAAAGAUCUUAUUGAGCUACAACCUUCAUAUAAGCAGGAUAAUUGGGAUCCUGAUUGGCAGUCUACUUCUAGUAGUAAAGUCUCCUAUCUCAUCCAAAGGUUGAAAGCUUUGCAAGAAACCAAUAAAGAGAUGAGCUUGUGUACAGAUAAUAUUAAUGAUGAGACGCAUCCUGAGAAUAGUUUCCCUUUGAAUGUGAGAGAUGCCAAAUCAUCAAUCCAGAAAUUUUCUACAAGUGGCACUAAGACCAAUUCGGUCUCUGAAAAAGUUCUGAUAUUUUCUCAAUUUCUUGAGCAUAUACAUGUCAUUGAACAGCAGUUGACUGUUAAUGGUAUCAAAUAUACUGGAAUGUAUAGCCCAAUGCAUUCCUGCAACAAGAAAAAGUCAUUAGCUAUGUUCCAGCAUGAUUCAAGUUGUAUGGUACUUCUGAUGGAUGGAAGUGCUGCGUUGGGUCUUGACUUGAGCUUUGUGUCACAUGUGUUUUUAAUGGAGCCAAUUUGGGACAGAAGUUUGGAGGAGCAAGUAAUUAGUCGUGCCCAUCGGAUGGGUGCUUCUCGUCCUAUUCAUGUGGAAACAUUAGCAAUGCGCGGUACAAUUGAAGAGCAAAUGCUAGAAUUUUUACAGGAUGCUGAUAAAUGUAGAAGAUCGCCAAUUAAAGAUGCUGUCAAAUCUGAAGAUGACAGUGGGGGACGAGGAUAUCGAUCAUUGCAUGAUUUUGCAGGAAGUAGUUAUCUGCAGAAACUUAGAUUUGUGCACACUAAUUCAGAAUCUUAGAAGGUGUUUGAUUGAUCAGCAUCAAGUAUGGACUAAUUUGCUUCAAGUUAGCCCUUCACCUAACGCGAGCAGUUUGUGUGCUCUUGGAUAUGAUUUUUCAUCUUGGAUAUGUAGUCUUACAAGUGCUCAUCUAAAGAGAAUGAUACUAUAUGUAUAAUCUAUUUAUUUUGUAUAGCAUUUUGGAGCUAUUUACAGCAUCAUUUUGUCUUUCAAUGCUUAAUAAAAUGAAUGCAAGAUUCCCUACA